ACAAAUUGCCUCCAGCAAGAAAUCCAACAAAACCAUCCAAACUUCCUCAAGCAAAACUCAGAUUAUUUCCCAAAUCAACCUAAUUGGUCUCACCUUAUAAGAAAACACCUCUCUCAAAAUUCACCGGAACAAGCCCUUGGUAUAUAUAAACAAAUUCGCCUUAAAGGAGCCUACAUUUUAGGAGUAGUCCCUUUAAUUUUCAAGGCGUGUGGGUCUUUAUUGAGUCUUGAUUACGGCAAAGCUUUGCACGCUGAGUCAAUCAAAUUUGGUGCUGAUUUUGAUGUAAUGAUUGGAACUUCAUUGAUUAAUAUGUAUGCUAAAUGUAGCGAUAUACCAGCGUCGCGUCAGGUGUUUGAUUAUAUGCCUGAGAGAAAUGUUGUAACUUGGAAUGCGAUGAUUGGUGGGUAUUUGAAGCAUGGACAUAUAGAUUCUGCAUCGAUUUUGUUUGAUCAGAUGUCAUUAAGGACAGAAGUUACUUGGAUAGAGAUGAUUGAUGGGUUUACGAGAAGUGGGGAUACGGUUAAAGCUAGAUACUUGUUCAACAGGGUUCCCCUUGAAUUGAAGAAUGUGGUGACAUGGACUGUGAUGGUUGAUGGGUAUACAAGCAACGGAGAAAUGGAGGCAGCCAGGGAACUAUUUGAGGAGAUGCCAGAAAGGAAUUGUUAUGUAUGGUCAUCGAUGAUUUCUGGGUAUUGCAAGAGAGGUGAUGUAAAGGAGGCUAAGGCUAUGUUUGAUCGAAUCCCGGUUAGGAAUUUGGUGAACUGGAAUUCAUUGAUUUCUGGGUAUGCACAAAAUGGUUUUUGUGAGGAGGCCCUGGAAGCAUUUAGCAAAAUGCAAGAAGAGAGGUUUGAGCCAGAUGAAGUUACUUUUGCAAGUGUUUUAUCAGCUUGUGCUCAGUUGGGUUCUUUGGAUGCUGGAAGAGAAAUCCACAGUAUGAUUAAUCAUAAUAGAAUAAAGCUUAAUCAGUUUGUUUCGAAUGCCUUAGUUGAUAUGUAUGCGAAGUGUGGGGAUUUAACCAAUGCUAGAUUGAUCUUCGAAGGAAUGGCGCAUAGCAGCAGUGCGUGUUGGAAUUCUAUGAUCUCAGGUUUUGCCAUACAUGGAAAGUGCAGAGAGGCUCUUCAGUUUUUCGGAAGAAUGGAGUGUUCAAAUGAGAAACCUGAUGAUAUCACAUUUUUGUCCGUUCUCUCAGCUUGUGCCCAUGGCGGUUUUGUUGAUGAAGGCUUGGAAAUCUUCUCCAGGAUGGAGAAAUAUGGCUUGGCAGCACGCAUAAAACAUUAUGGAUGUUUGGUUGACCUUUUGGGACGUGCAGGAAGAUUGAAAGAAGCUUAUGAUUUAAUAAAAAAAAUGGCGAUGAAACCAAACGAUGCUAUUUGGGGGGCUCUGCUUGGGGCUUGCCGGAUUCAUGUGGAUGAAGAUAUGGUUCAGAAGCUUAUGGAAGAGUUAGCCCCAUCAAAUUCUGGCUUGGAUUCCGGUGAUGAUUCACAUUAUGUGCUGCUAUCAAACAUAUAUGCUGCUUCUGAUAGAUGGGAGAGGGCUGAAACAAUGAGAAAAGUCAUGCAAGAUAAAGGACUUCAAAAAAUUCCAGGGCGCAGUGCAGUUAUGCUCAGCAACACUGAGCGACAGUUUUCUGAGAGAAGUUAGAUGAUAGGCUUCAAUUAUAUUUGUUGU